AUGCCGCGCUCAACCACAGUAUGGGCGGCCGCCCUCGUUCUGGCCAGUCUUUCUGGCUCUCCGCUCCUCACGACAGCAGAGGCUAUGCCUGCACCAGGACCUCAACAAACCCAAGGCCGUCCCAGAUACUACUUCCCUAGGCAAGUGAAGCGACAAAUCGUUACAAACUCGACUACCCCAGCGGCUACCCCAUCUCCGUCUCCUGAGCCCGAGUCAAGCAGCUAUUCUGAGCAACUUUCAUCGCGUCAGAUGGACUUCCCAUCCUUCAUUGAGUCGCUGUUCCGUGGCAGUUCCGACACCUCGGCGCUCGCCUCCUCUUCAGACGUUAGCACCAGCGAUGCCGACACGACCAGCACUCUGACUUCUACAUUGGACGAUCUCCCAACAACACUGCCCGAGGGCUCAUCUACUGCAUCUGCCUCAAAAAGCAGCGUCCUUUCCCCACCCCCUCCGCCUCCAGCCCCGUCAAGCUCCAGCGUUGAAUCGUCAAGCCAAGCCCAGGAGUCCAUCGUCGUGCCAACAUCUGAGGCUGCCUCAACACCCACUCCCGAGGCGCCGAAAAGUGAGAAGCCAGCCGAGACUCCCAUUGUAGAAAACCCUCCGGUUGGCUCCACCAGCGGUCUUCCCGAGACAAUUAUUCAGCCUACCUCGUCGCCUGAACCCAUUCCUGAGCCGAACCCAACCACUGUUGUUUCCUCAUCAGCUGCUCAGUCCUCUGCACCACCCGCGGCAGAAAUUGGUACCACCAGCGGCCUUUCCGAGACCAUUGUUCAGCCUACACCCACCGCGCAGAGCAGCGCUGCGUCUUCCACUAAAGCCGAUAGCCCUAUUCUGGGUCCUAUCCUUGGCUCUACUGGUCUACUCCCUGACAUUAUUGUCCCGCCAACCUCUGCUGCUUCAAGCUCAGCCGCUGUUACGUCCUCUGCCGUCGACAACACCCCGGCCUCUUCUGAUGUGCCCAGUGUCGUUGUACCGACUACCUCGACUGUCCAGAGCUCAGCAGUUACCUCCACCGGAGGACUGCCCGACGUGAUUGUCCAGCCAUCAUCUUCCGCUGUUGACAGCAAGCCAGCUUCCACAGGCAGCAUUCCCGAGACUAUCGUGCUGCCAACUUCAACGAUCCAGAGUUCAGCUGCUGCUCCUACUGGUGGGCUCCCGGAGACCAUUGUCCAGCCAUCCUCAUCUGUGGUAAACAACGCGCCCGCUUCUUCUGGUGGCAUUCCGGAUGUUGUCGUACAGCCAACUUCCACUGUGCCUACCUCUAAGCCUCCUGGUAUCGAGAACACCCCUGCCUCGACAGGCGGAUUGCCCGAUGUUAUCGUUCAGCCUUCAUCAUCAGUUGUUGAAUCGCCUACCGCGACACCAACCUCUGCUGGUCUCGUUGGCGGACUUCUCUCGUCGCUCCUCAACCCCAUCAUCGGUUCCACUGGUGGGGUUCCCACAUCCGUUGUUCAGCCUACCCAGGCCGCUUCAUCGACUGUUCCUCAGUCAUCGGAGCAGGCUGUCGGUUCUACUGGAGGCAUUCCGGAGACUAUCGUGACACCCACUGCGUCUCCUGCUUCUUCUGCUGCACCAAGCUCUCCUGAUGCAUCAAGCUUCCUCGGGCCUUUCAUUGUCCCUGGAUCGACUGGUGGCAUUCCUGAGACUAUCGUACAGCCUACCUCUUCCGGCGGUCUUGUUAGUGGUCUCCUUUCGUCCGUUCUUGCGCCUGUACCUACUUCGGAGGUUGGCUCCACCGGAGGCAUUCCUGAGACUAUUGUACAGCCGACUUCGUCUGGUGGUUUGGUUGGUGGCCUACUUUCAUCGAUCCUUCCCCCUGCGGCCACUUCCGAGGUUGGUUCUACUGGAGGCGUUCCCGAGACAAUUGUGCAGCCUACGUCAUCUGGCGGCCUCGUCGGUGGUCUUUUGUCCUCGCUCCUCGCCUCGGAAACUCCCACAGCUACCUCCCAGGUAGGCUCCACUGGAGGUAUUCCUGAAAGCGUGGUCCUUCCUACGAGUGUUGCUGCCUCUGGUUCAAGCGGAUCACCGCUUUUGCCAUCAUCUGGCAUCGUUAUUGGAAUCACCACUGCCUUGGGCACUGGAGAAUCUGCUGCUCUUACUGCGACACCAACCCUCCUGAGCUCUGGAGCCAUUCCUACCUCAGAGACUGCAGCUACUAGCUCUGGAAUACUUGAUAUUCCAGGUCUUCUCUCGUCGGUCGUGUCGGAACUGCCUGGUGUUCUGCCUACCGGUAGCGGUCUCGCGUCCACUGCGCCUACUCCAGUACCAUCUGCUAGCGCGUCUGGCCUCCUUCCUCCAGCGCUUUCUUCGCUCUUGUCAUCGGCUGUUUCAGAUCUCCCAGCAUCUGCUGUGCCCAGUGCUUUGUCGAGCAUCCUGUCAGGUUUGGACUCCGCUCUUCCCACCGGCACUGGUCCUGUCAUUAUCCCGACCAUCUUGCCUUCAAGCCUACUGUCUUCAGGAAUCCUACCAUCAUCCGGUGUAUUGUCAUCCUCAGGAGCGCUCCCUUCCUCUGGCGUCCUACCAUCUUCCGGCCUAUUGCCCUCUUCAGGUCUGCCAAUUUCUUCAGGUAUUCUUCCUUCAUCUGGCGUACUUCCUUCUUCGGGUCUUUUGCCAUCCGGCGCUGUGCCCACUCCCACCUCUGAGGUCGUGUCUUCGUCUGGUGUGCCUGCCUCCGAGAGCGUUGUGCCUACACCCUCAGAAACUGCCAGCGUUACACCCUCGGCGACAUUCUCUGGAAGCGUCUUACCUUCAGGCACUAUAAGCUCGGGCAUCACUCCUUCUGGUACAGGCUCUGUUGGAACAUCCGCAUCAGCGGUUCCAACUUCCUCGGGCAGCUCACUCAGCGUCCCAGCCUCAGAAGAGCCUUCGUCGGCUACUUCGACUGCCUCGCCUAGCAGUGCUGCAGCUACCUUGACUCCUUCAAGCUCUGGUAAUGCCACACUCAGCGAUGCUCCCACAUCGGUGUUCAGCACCGGCUCGGUUGUGCCGUCAUCUUCCGCAAAGUCUACACCACCGCCAACAUCCGAGACGCCUACAUCGACCAAGACUGAAUCUGCCAGUAUUCCCAUCCCAGUGACCCCAACUCCCACCAGCACGGCACCGCCGAUCUUUUCCCUCAAGCCUACUGCCACAGACAGCGCAACUUCUCUCAUCGUUGGUACUAGCAUCAUUGUAGAGGCUUCCACAAUGCCAACCCCUAGCCCUACCGCCAGCACUAUCCCAUCAAACUUGCCCAGGAUGAUUGCGCCGCCUGGAGGAGUUCCUCCAGAGAUCCCGCAAAACAGCUUCAUGGGCCAAGUGUGCUUCAAGUGGCCACUCAACUACCCCUUCGUUUCUGCGAACGAUGGUGGACAGCAGAUUUUCCACUACCUGCCUCUGGCUAUCGCUGACGGUUUGAACAUCUCGUCUACUGAAGUCAAGAACUUCGGACUCAAGCCUCUCAACACCAUGGAAUACCAGGGUUUCAUCACCACCCUGGCUUUGUUCACCAUUCCUGCGGACCUGCAGACGAAGCUUGCAGCUCAGCUUCGCAACCCUGCGGAUGCCUUCUGGAACAAUAAGAACUCGACGGUAAACGAUCUUACCACCCUGAUCAACACGGCAUGCCCUCUCCCCGCUGGCAAGCUUCCUGGUGACAACAGCCCUGCUAAUGCGGCCGCCGAGCCAGGUGCUACUUCCACUGGUGGAUCUGGUGAUGGUGGUGCCAUGGGAGGCGACAUCGGCGCCAGCCGCAAGGUUAACUCGACCAGUGCCAUCGUCGCCAGCAGCGCCAUUGUCGGUGCUAUUGCCUACGGUGCGGCCAUGUUCUUCGUUGCUCGCAGAUACAGAAACAAGCGCAUGGCCCACCAGCGCGCAAGCUCUGUGCCCAGCACAAGCCGCAUGACUUACGGCUCGAUUCCCGGUGGCGCUGCUGCUUGGAUGCACGGUGCCCGGAAUGGGCGAAUGACGCCUGGUAGUCGCGGCAGUCAAGGCAGCAGCAGCACGCAGGGACGCAGUAUUCGGACACAACAGAUUUCAGCUCCGGUCAUGGCUGAGAACUCUCUUGGCUGGAACUAA